GGCGACAGCAGCUUUUAAUCGAAAAAAAAGACGACAAAGAAGAAGGGGAAGAAGGGUUGGCGUUGAUUCUUAGACAAAGCUAAUAUUAACGGUAUAUGACAUACUAAUCUAAUCGAGCAUAACUGACACAGGACUGUCCUUAGAGCUGGUGUUGUUUGCUAACGCGUUCUCGUUGUUUUGGGCUUUUGGACUGUGAGAUUAUGGACGUGAUCAGGUGUUUGCGUUCUCUUCUGGACCUCCAUGUUCAGCUGCAGAGAGCUGUAGCCCUUCAAGGAGAAAUCCAGGCCCAAUUUCUUGCUCAGCUUUUACAACCAGACAACGCAAGCCCUCGGCAGAUGCCUCUUCCACAGCUGGACUUAACCGGGGACAAUCUGGAGCUUUCUCUGUCUGUCUUUGAACGGGCUCUGGAUGACAGCAAACUCCCAGUGAAGCAGUGGGGUUCGAGGCUAGCACAGCUCCUCUGUGUGAAGACAUCAGAUGAGGAUGAUCAUGAGCUGAGUUAUGAAGCUGUAAAAUUAGAUGUCAGGAGGCAGGCAUGUUCACUGGAGUAUCAGAGGUGGAGGGACUUUAACAAAGUCCAGUAUGAUCCUCAUAAGGGGGUGCGGGAACUGAAAUUUGGGGUGGAGGAAGCAGCAAAGAAAUGGCUCCAGCCUGAAAGGUGCAGCUCUGAGGAAGUGGUGAGAAAAGUGGCCCUGCAGAAGUUCCUCUCCCUUCUUCCACCAGAUGCGAUUGACAAGACAUGCGAGGAGCAGCCGCAGAACAUGGAGGAAGCUGCCGUCAUAGCGGCAUCCUUCCUAGAAAAUGACAGGGCUGAAUGGAACAGAGACAGGGAGAGACAUGACGAAUCACAGACUGAUCAUGGCUACUCAAGGGAUCAUAUCAUCUCAAAUGAGCUGAAAAAGCUGGACUUGGAGGCAGUUUUCCCAUCUGAGAGCCAAAGCCUGGAAGUUACUGUUGGAGAUGAGCAUUUUGAAGAGAAGGAACUUUCUGAAGCUAUGCUUUCCCCAUCAAUGGUUGACAUAAAGCCAAUACUAAAUGCUGAAGACACACCUACCAUUAGAAAUGAUUCUCAAGUUCUGCUUCACAGACCCUGCUAUAGUGGCGAAUCUAUGAAGUCUUCACCAAGGCGAGCUAAUAAGAAUGGGAACAUAAGCACAGGACCGAAAUUAAAGCGUGCACUUGAGUGUCCAGACUGUGGUAGCAAGUUCAAGAGGUUUGACUACCUAAGAAAGCACACAUGUACUCCUGGGCAAAGUCUGGGAUGCCAACACUGCGAUCUGCGCUUCCCCUCCCUCUCUCAGUUAACUAACCACCUGCGUGUGCAUCGGAAAAUGUUACACUGUCCUGAGUGCAACAAGGCUUUCAGAGACCGCUUUAACCUCCGCUGCCACCAGCGCACACACACAGGUGAAAGGCCUCAUAUUUGUGCUGACUGCGGCUCUGCGUUUGCUCAGGAGCGAGGGCUACAGGAGCACCGCAACAUCCACACCGGCGAGAGACCCUUCCAGUGCCCAGUGUGCAGGAAAGGCUUCAGCCACAGCCGCACGCUUGCCAAACACGUGGUUGUGCACUCGGAAGCAAGGCCUUACAUGUGCUCCGACUGUGGCAGAGCUUUUAAGAUUAAAGACAACCUGCAUCAGCAUCAAAAGAAAAUGCAUCCCAGCAAAUACUUGUGAACACACCCUAUAGCUCAAACACUACUGAGAGAGCCAUGCAAUUUACAACACAAAAGUGGUACAAUAUACACUUUAUAAUGCCAGUGACGUUUCUGCACAGAUACAGUAAGGUGGAAAUAAGUGUCUUCAGUACACACACUAUGUCUUUUAAUUAGAAAAGAGAAAAGCUAUGUUUGGGGAAAAAAGACAGAUAGAAAAGUCUAACACUAUAACAGUUCCCAACACUGUAUACGCAACAUUUUGGAACUGUUCAAUAAAAAGGGAGAUUAUAUGACAACUAAACAUACAACAAAUAAAGUGCAAAUAAAUUGAUGUUUUAAGCUGCAAAUUCUCUGGUGUAACUGGUUUUUAGAUCAAAUCAAAAGGAUGGUAAGAUUUAGGCAACACUCCUACUGAUACACAAACCCACAUCAUAGUUAUAUGGCAUUACAUCCUUGCAAUCAUUUAACAAAAGUUGUGUCGAUGUGAACGAGUGUAGAUGUGAGCAUUUCAUUCUAAUGCAACAGUUAACAUUUUUAACUACAGGGUGUUCCAGUUCUCCUUAAAUAGGGAAACGAACACUUUUUAACAAAAGGACUUCCAACAUUUUUCAUAAUUUAUGAUAUAUAUAUUUUUUUCAGACAGCCUUUAAAAAUGGCUUUAACAAAAGAACAAUGAAAUCAUUCUCCUGGCUGGAUCAGGAAGCUGUCACAAGAUUUCGAUGGACUUUAACGGGAAACAUUUGACCCUUUUGCCAAACUUGGAUCUAAACUUGGGAGAGAUGCCACUGUGUGUUUACAAAAAUCGUGUACAGGCUGU